UCCUUUAACCAUAAACCACUCUCACACCCCUUUUCUCCAAGCACUAGCACUUCUUCUAACUCAUUAUCAAGAUUUUCUCUUAAACAACAUUAUGGUGAAGGUGGUGAUAAAAGUGUCUAUGAAUGGCUCCAAGUCCAGGUCAAAAGCUAUGAAGAUUGCAGUUGGAGUUUCAGGAGUGGAAACUGCAGCUAUUCAAGGGGAAAACAAAGAUCAAAUAGCGGUAACUGGAGAAGGGAUUGAUUCAGUUUGUCUGACAUCACUUCUAAGAAAGAGUUUUUGCCAUGCAGAACUUGUGAGUGUUGGCCCUGUGGCUGUGGAAGAGAAGAAAAAAGAGGGAAUUACACUACCAAUAGUGUGGCCUUAUGUGAGUGGUGUUCCUCAGUGCCCAGUCUAUGAGAUAAGGCACCCAUCUCAAUAUCAGGACCCUUCUUGUUCCAUCAUGUGAUCAAGAGAGUUUUCAAAGGAAGAAUGAUACCAAGAAAACAUACAUUGAUUAGGCUUUUUAAUUUAUGUAGCAUUGUUGCAACCAAAUCCUUCUGCUGUCUGCAACAUGUUGGACCUCGUUUCAUCGAUAAGCAUAAGACAAAAU